AUGUCAAUGGAUAUACCUAACGCGUUUAUCCAAACAUUGAUGCCCGAGCAGGAAGAAGGAGAAGCUGGACUGCUGGUUGACUACAUGAUUGACCUAGAUCCGACGUAUUGGGAUUUUGUAGUAAUCGAAAAUGGACGUCAAGUGAUCUAUGUUGUGAUCCUCCGUGCUAUUUAUGGGAUGUUACAGGCUUCGUUGCUAUGGUACCGAAAUCUGAGGGCAUCGCUGGAAGAAUACGGAUUCGUGUUUAAUGUAUACAAUCCGUGCAUUGCAAAUAUGAUGGUCAACAAAAAGCAAUUGACUAUCAGAUUUUAUGUUGAGGAUGUGCUAGCGAGCCACAUGGAACAAAGAGUUCUCGAGGAUUUCUUUACAUGGAUAAAUGAGAGAUACGGAGGACUAAAGGAAGUGACUUGCACAUGGGGACGAGUUCACACCUAUCUGGGAAUGACAUUGGAUUAUUCAAAGAAAGGAACGCUGAAGAUUCGAAUGGACGAUUAUGUUCAAAGAAUGCUCGACAAGUUUUCUGUCAAGUUUAAAGAGGAUGACAAACAGGAAACACCUGCUGGCAAUAAUUUGCUGGGGGUAGGAAAAGGAAAACUGGCAAUAAGUUGCUGGGGGUAG